GCUUACAAUCUGACAACACUCCCCCUCUACUCAGAACAAGCCCUCUCUUCGCAGCGGUGCUCUUCUGCCUUAGGACCGCGGGCUCUGUUGCCUGGACCUCACGCUGCCGGCAGGACCACAUCGCAAAGCUUUGACUCUUCCACACCUCAUCUCCGGGGAACUCUUCUGCAGUAUCUCAGAAAACCAAACUCCCUCUUGAGCCUAUCUAUUCACACAGAAUUUCCUUAGGAGCUGUGCCGGGGCCCUAUGAUGAUACACCAACAUCUUGUGCUACCAACUGUCAAAACUUUGGAUGGUCUAACACUCAGGUCAUGACACUUGUAAUUAAGACAUUCUUGAAGACAAUAUUCAUGAGAAAAUGUGAUUUGAGUCUGGAGACAAUUGUGCGUGUAUACUUUUCUUAAGAUCAUAAAAAACAAAUCCAGGGUCGCAGGUUUCUGACUGAUAGAAGAGAAACAAUAUUGAUAGAAGAGAAAUCAGAUUGCUUAUGACUGACAAGAACAGCUGCAGCAGCUACCUAGAUCUUGAACGUACAGCACAUUUCAUUUGGACACUAAUGAUGGAUAAAAAGCAUAUACUAUGUUUUCUGUUUCUCUUGCCUCUUAAUAUGGCUCUUGUCACAGCAGAGUUGGAAGAAGGCGUGAACCAAACAGACUUGGGAGUCACUAGAAACAAGAUCAUGACGGCUCAAUAUGAGUGUUACCAAAAGAUUAUGCAGGAUCCUAUUCAACAAACAGAAGGCCUUUACUGCAAUAGGACCUGGGACGGAUGGCUGUGCUGGAAUGAUGUGGCAGCAGGGACGGAAUCAAUGCAGUACUGCCCUGAUUACUUCCAGGAUUUUGACCCUUCCGAGAAGGUUACAAAGAUCUGUGACCAAGAUGGACAUUGGUUUCGACAUCCAGAUAGUAAUAGAACAUGGACCAACUACACCCUGUGUAAUAACAGCACUCAUGAGAAAGUGAAGACAGCACUGAAUCUGUUCUACCUAACUAUAAUUGGACAUGGAUUAUCUAUUGCAUCUCUGAUCAUCUCUCUCAUCAUAUUUUUUUACUUCAAGAGCCUAAGUUGCCAACGGAUUACAUUGCAUAAAAACCUGUUCUUUUCCUUUGUUUGUAAUUCGAUUGUGACAAUCAUUCACCUCACAGCAGUGGCCAAUAACCAGGCCUUAGUGGCCACAAAUCCUGUGAGCUGUAAAGUGUCUCAGUUCAUUCAUCUUUACCUGAUGGGCUGUAACUAUUUUUGGAUGCUCUGUGAAGGCAUUUACCUGCACACACUCAUUGUGGUGGCUGUGUUCGCAGAGAAACAGCACUUGAUGUGGUAUUAUUUUCUCGGCUGGGGGUUUCCUCUGCUUCCUGCCUGCAUCCACGCCAUUGCCAGAAGCUUGUAUUACAAUGACAAUUGCUGGAUCAGCUCAGACACUCAUCUUCUCUACAUUAUCCAUGGUCCGAUUUGUGCUGCUUUAUUGGUAAAUCUCUUUUUCCUAUUAAAUAUUGUACGUGUUCUCAUCACCAAGUUGAAAGUUACACACCAAGCAGAAUCCAAUCUCUACAUGAAAGCCGUAAGAGCUACUCUCAUCUUGGUGCCACUACUUGGCAUUGAAUUCGUGCUUUUUCCAUGGCGGCCUGAAGGAAAGGUUGCCGAGGAGGUGUAUGACUAUGUCAUGCACAUUCUGAUGCACUAUCAGGGUCUUUUGGUAUCUACAAUUUUCUGCUUCUUUAAUGGAGAGGUUCAAGCAAUUCUGAGAAGAAAUUGGAACCAGUAUAAGAUCCAAUUUGGAAAUGGCUUUUCCCACUCUGAUGCUCUCCGCAGUGCAUCCUACACAGUGUCAACAAUCAGUGACAUGCAAGGGUACAGCCAUGACUGCCCCUCUGAACACUUAAAUGGAAAAAGCAUCCAGGAUAUUGAACAUGUUGCCUUAAAACCAGAAAAAAUGUAUGAUCUAGUGAUGUGAAAAUACAGAAGUCACACCUGUUUUGUGUCACUUGAACCUAUGAUUUUUAUAGCCAGAAGAUUGGAUAGCCAGCAAACAGAUUUCUUGAAUACCAUGAGGAAAGCCCCCAAAUUAAAUGGGAAUUGUAUGGAUAAAUGUUUAACAACCCUCUCUCUAUGGGGAGAAAAGCCUCAAUUUAUAUUGUUGGCCAGUAAAUAUUCCUACCAUAGCUGAUUUCAAGUUACCAACCUGACAUCACUGAAUGUGGAAUUGGAAAGAAAAUAAGCACAAUCAACUCUCAGAAGCUGACAGGCUCUGGAACCUGCGCAACACUGCAUGCUGUCACAGAUGGAUGUCCGUGCACACUCAUGCCCACACUGACCGGAACUCUGCUCUUCUCAUCUGAGGAGACCUCACUUGGUCUUACAGACAUAAAAGGAAAGCUUGGUUUUUGUUAUAAAACUCCUCAUCCUUUUAUCAUUUGAUGGUAGUGAAUGGUUUGUCCAGAAACACUUUAACCCUCUUUCUAACUUCUUUCUAACUUCUCCUGUAGACUAGACAAAGACUUCAUUAUCUCUGUCAUCUCAUGUUCCUUUAAGAAAAGCAGCUGAGCAGAAUUCCCAUGGGCUUCUCAGCUGCUGCUACAUAUUGUAUCCUGUGGCAUAGCCAUUCUGAAUCACUAGGGAGACAUAUUGGUAGGAGCUACAAACACUUUGUCAAUUGCUUUUUUUUCCUCUCUAAAUCUUACUGCAGGAGUAGGAGGAAAUCAGUUUUCCUGAAUCUGUAAAUAGAAACUUUGGCCUUUCCAUUUCUACUGUGUAGAUAAGUGAUCAACCAUUUUAUAUGAAGGGAAUCAAUGAAGGAUUUCUUUUUAUCUUGGGAAUCUGAGAGAGAGAGAGAGAGAGAGAGAGAGAGAGAGAGAGAGAGAGAGAGAGAGAGAUUGUUGUACAAAUGAAACUGUAAGUACUCUGUCAUUUUAUUGUAUUGUUUCAAUUCAAAACACAACCUAAGUAACUGUUUUAAAGCAGAUAGAUAAUGCAACAUUAUAUGCAACUUAGUAUCUGAUACUGUGUCUGGGCUCAUUUAUUUUGUAAUAAAAUAGAGUGAUGAAUUCUAUAUUUGGAGAAAUAUUUUAAGGACAAACAGAUACCAGCAUCAGAAGUUUGAGAAGUAAAAACAAACCCAAGAAAUAUCAAUGAUAAAAUAUGAAAUAUUUAUUUUAAAAUGCAAAGCCAUAAUUUUACAAGCACAUUAUCUCUGGUGUGCUGUCAUAUUGCUUCUUCCAAUUUGAGGAUGACUCAUUCAAGUUCAGAAAUUAUGAACAACUACUGUAAGAAAUGCUAAUCUGCUACAUUCGUGGACUUUAAUUCACUAAAAUAUAGCUUUACUGACUUUUACUAAACGAAGAUAUGUGGUUUUGAAAAAGGACAUUUUUUAUGAAUAUCAGAGGAAAUUUCUCUAUAUAAUACACAUUGUUUGGGUAUUUCAGUAGACUACUGUGGGUGGUAAUACAAGCCACAGGAAGACUUGAACUUAAUAUUCAUUGAGGAUAAAGUGUUAGAUAUUUAGGUAAUAAUUAAAUUAAGACAGAAGAAAGUUUUGCUUGUGAGUUAAAGUGACAUUUUAAGUGGAUUUAGCUUUUCUAAUAUUGCUUUGUCUGGACUUUCUGAAGAACAAGAUUGACUUCAGUUAGUAAAAGUCAGUUUGGGGACAGUCACAUGAACCCAUUUUUUUGAAGUGUGUCCAUCAGCUUACAGUGGAUAAAAGGCAUGACUCAGUCCCCGCUCAUUGUCUUAAGCUACAAUGGAUGGUAAAUUCAGAAGUUGUCUGAAACUGUCAAGGAAAAUAUUCAAAUUAUUAAUCACUGACGUAUUAGAUGAUCUGACAGACAUAUUUGUAAUUUAUCUAUGUAGGCAAAGGUGUUACUAAGUUACUUUCAACUUUGUGGAUUUUGUGCAAGCCAUUAUUCAAAAGGAACUCAGGCUGUUCUCAACUUUCAACUGCCUAAAUUGUACAAACCUUCCUUUUAGUACAUUCAAACUUAGGUAUUUAUUAUUCAAAGGCAUAGAUUCAUAUCUUCACAGACAGUGUUCGUGUAAUUCUGCAUUCUUCCAAACAAACUGCCGAGUAUUGACACUUAAUGACAGUGCAGAAUGCUGAAUUACCAGAGAACGUAUUUUAAAAGUAUUGUAAUUUAAAAUUUUAUUAUUCUUUUAUCAUAUUGAGCAUAGCUGAGAUUUCUUUACCGCCGAUAUCUAAUCUGGUAUCAUCCUCAGCCAUAGCAGUCUGAGAUUAGUCAGUAUUAGUUUUGUAAUAAUAUUUUUGCAGCUAGAUGUCUCUAGAGCUUAAGUGCCAAUUUAAAUAUUUCUGUAUUGCUUGUAGAAAAGAAAUCUGAAAUUUUUGAAAGAAAACUUUUCUGGUGCCUGAAAAUUAACUUGGGGGAAAUUUUAGCUUUUAAAAGUUGCAUCUAUCAUUUUUCUAUAGUUAUUUGUUAGUAUCAUGGCUGACAUUUUUACAAGUGACUUUGUACUUUUUUGUUGUUGUUGCUAAAUCAUCCAUCCUGGAGUUUAGUGUUUGUUCAAAUGUAGCAAACUGUGUAGCGUUUAGUAAUAGUUACAGUGUUAUACUUACUGUUUAGAUAUUUUUAUGUGAAUCUAUUUCAAUUUUUUUUGUGUUUUAAUUUGCUCAUAGAAACAUAGAAUCUGUAAAACAUAUUCAAGAUGUUCUGGUCACUUAAAAAGAACUCAUGCUGUAUUGACUUAAAAUCUCUAUUUAGGUUUUAUGAGAAUAGUAAAGUUGUAAGUUAACAUUCACUUUCAUUCAUCUUCCCUGGAGUACAGAGUAAUUGAAUUUCUCUCAAAAUUCUUGCAGCAAUUAAAGUAAUACUUUGCAAAAUAA